UGGAAUGAAAACUUUCCCAAUAAAAAUAAAUAAUUAACAAAAUCCUUGAUAAACUUUUCAAACUCAUAACUAAAUAAAUAAUCGAUUACUUUACCUCGAUACUGCUGUCCAUUAAAAAAGUCGAUCUACUCAAACUCGGACUAAAUUUAAUUUCCACGAAAACAAAUUUUCAAAUUUUACCCGCCAUUUUGUUGUUUACUAAAAUUGCGCUUGAAAAAAACAAACUGGUAACGUAAUUAAAUAUCACCUGUGAAUUAACUAUCGUUAAAAUUUAAUUAGUUAAUUAAUUAUUAAUGAGAAUAAUUAAAAGUAAUUAAAUUUCGUAAAUAUUUUAAAUAGUUGUUUGUGACAAAAAAAAAUCGAUGUCUGAACUUAAAUAUAUCGUGCGUCCAAAAGUUCGUUUCAGCGAAACGUCAGAGUCUGCUGACGACUCGACAUCAUCCUCAAGACCAGGGUCAUCACGAGUGCGAAUAAAAAGCAUCGAAAAUGUCAAAAAACCGUUCAAGUUAGUGCGUGAAGUGCGCGACAGUCUUAACCUCAAACGCGCUGACAAAAGUGUUCAGAUGUCAACCUGUCAAGUUGGACCCAAAUCCACGGACACAGAAGCUGGUAAAAUUAUAACUGAUGCUGAUAAUUCUGGUAAAGUAGAAUCGAAUAAAGAGAAUAUAAAAAAUGACAGGGAAAAUUGCCUGACUAAAAAGUCCAAUUUGACAGCUGGUAAAAGCAAAGAUUGUAAAGUUGAAAUGGAUAAAAUAACUAAAAUAUUGGAUUCUGUUUCUAUAAAAACACCUGGACAAUUAAAAACAAAAAAAAUAAAUGAGGAUUUAAAUAAAAAACCGGGAAAAAAUAAUGAUUUUAAAAGUUUUCAUUCAAAAGUUGGAGGUAAUCUGUCAAAAUUAUCAAGUCAUCAAUUAAAAUCAUCAGGAAAUCAAUUAAAGUCAUCAGGAAAUCAAUCAAAAGCACCUGAACCUCAUAAAUCUGCAGGUGCUUCAUCAAAAUCACCAGGAAUUCAAACAAAAUCACUAGGAAUUAAAUCAAAAUCACCAGGAAUUCAAUCAAAAUCAUCAGGAAUUCAAUCAAAAUCACCAGGAAUUCAAUCAAAAUCACCAGGAAUUCAAUCAAAAUCAUCAGGAAUUCAAGCAAAAGCAUCAGUAGCACAAAAAUUACCAUCAAAAUCACCAGGUCCAUUUAAAAAACCACCAGAUCCAGUUAAAAAAACCCAAAUAAAAGUAACAACGGCCAGAAAUAAAUCAGUUUCACGUCCAAAUGUUUAUGUAGGACCAGGAAUACUGAAAGCGCGAAGCCUGCCAUCAGUUUCUGAUCCUAAACCAACUAGCAGACUGACAAAUUAUCCUGCAAGUGAUAAAUUACGCAGGCCUGAGUACAAUUCUGUCAUAAACACAAUUAAAAAACUAGAUAAAUUGAAAAAAGAAAAGAUUGUCAGUGAUUUUGAUCAUCUGCCAGCUUCGUACAAGGACUUGGUUGCUCGUAAGAUGUCGAGCGCAUUGGACUUCCCGGUAGACAAGCCGAUUUUUAGGGACCUGAUUGACUUGAGUGUUGAUGAAUCUCAUCUUCCGGGACCCAUCACGCGGACCAGAGACCCGCAGCCGAGGCUGAGAGACCUGGAGCCCAAGCUGGAAGACUUUUUCAAGCCGGAGUAUAAUGAUGAGUACUGCGCUUCUGUUAAAAUACGACCGAGGACUCCGGAAUUUGAUGACAAUUGGUCGGCAUUUAAAAUUAGCGACCGUAUUUUCGAGUGGAAGUCUUCUCUAGAUGAUUAAGGAG